GAGAGAGGAUUGAUGACCAAUCCACCGCAAAGAUCUGUUUUUGGCGAUUCAAAAUGUUGCAGUAACUAAGGGAACUCCACUUUCUUUCAAAGCGCAUCAAUUUUGUGUUACGAUCACAUCCCCUGCUCUCCUCGGCCGCGUAAAUGCCACCGUCAUAUGAAACCUCCUACCUAGCCUCCCUCGUACAGAAAUGCAGCUCCAUAACGACCCUAAAAAAAGCGCGUCAGCUCCACGCUUUCCUACUGACCAUCUCCACUACGCCCCUCAAUUCCCUUUCCCCGUACGUUCACAACAACCUUGUUUCUAUGUAUUCUCGAUGCAACUCCCUCUCGGAUGCCAAGAAAGUGUUCGACAAAACUCCCAAUAGAAAUGUAGUUUCAUACAAUGCGCUCAUCACAGCGUAUUCUCGAGCACCAAACCAUGCUAACUUAGCCUUUAGAUUGGUUCCCCAGAUGGGUUUUGAGUGUUUAAGGCCUAAUGGUGCCACUUUCACGAGCUUAUUACAAGCUGCUUUGUUGGUUGAGGAUAGAUUGAUUGGUUCGUCAAUACAUGCUCUUGUUGUAAAGUUUGGUUUUUUAGGUGACGUUUGUGUUCAAACUGCCUUACUUGGGGUGUACUCGAAUUGUGGGGAUUUGGAGUCUGCUAAUGCAAUUUUUGCUUGUAUAGACGGUAGGGAUGUUGUUGCUUGGAAUUCUACAAUAUUUGGAAACUUGAGGAAUGGUAAGAUAAAUGAAGGGCUGGCUUUCUUUUUUGAAAUGAUUAAGUCUGGGGUUUACCCAACUCCAUUUACAUAUUCCAUGGUGUUAAAUGCUUGUGGUAAGGUUGGGAAUUAUAACUGGGGGAAAGCUAUCCAUGCCCAAAUCGUUGUUUCGAAUAUUGUAGUUGAUUUACCUUUGCAAAAUGCCUUGCUUGACAUGUACUGCAAUUGUGGUGACAUUGAAACUGGGCUGAGUUUUAGUAAGAUUGAAAACUUUGAUUUGGUUUCUUGGAAUUCAAUGCUUGCGGGAUUGGCAGAGCAUGGAGAUGGCAUAAGAGCCAUGGAGCUAUUUGUUGAGUUGAAGGGGAUGCCUUUUCUUAAGCCUGAUGAAUACACUUUUGCUUCUGUCAUUUCUGCAACUAGUGCACUCCUAGCAUCCGAUUAUGGGAAGCCCUUGCAUGGUCAAAUCACAAAAUCAGGAAUGGGAAAUAGUGUUUUCUUAGGAACCACUCUAGUGUCCAUGUAUUUCAAAAAUGGUGACAGUGAAUCUGCUGAGGCAGUUUUUAGUAUGAUCUUGAAGAAAGAUGUGGUUCUUUGGACUGAAAUGAUUAUGGGUUACUCUAGAAUGGCUGAUGGGGAGAGUGCAAUUAGAUUGUUGGUUCAAAUGUGUCAAAUGGGGUUUAAGAUUGAUAGCUUUGUUCUCAGUGGUGCAUUAAGUGCUUGUGCUGACCUUGCAAUGCUGAAACAAGGUGAGAUGAUUCAUUCUCAGGCUAUGAAAUCUGGAUAUGAAGUUGAAAUGUCUGUUUGUGGUAGUCUGAUUGAUAUGUAUGCCAAAAAUGGAAACCUUCAAGCAGCUAAAUCCAUAUUUUCCUACGUUUCUUACCCAGAUUUGAAGUGUUGGAAUGCAAUGCUUGGGGCAUAUAGCCUCCAUGGAAUGGCAAAAGAUGCAUUGAAGCUAUUUGACGAGAUCCUAAAACAAGAACUAAAGCCAGAUCAAGUAACAUUUUUGUCUCUCCUAUCUGCUUGUAAUCACAGUGGCUUGGUUGAGAGAGGAAAGUUCAUUUGGGCUUGUAUGACGGAAAAUGGUUGCACCGCAGGACCCAAGCACUUUUCCUGCAUGGUGAGUUUGCUUUGUCGAGCUGGGUUGUUAGACGAAGCAGAGGAGAUGAUCAUCAAAUCACCAUACAGUGAAGAACGUUUGGAACUCUGGAGAACUUUGCUAAGCUCUUGUGUCACUUUCAGAAGGUUGGAGAAAGGAGUUUAUGCAGCGGGUCAAAUUCUCAUGGUUGAUUCAAGUGAUAGUGGAACCCACAUCUUGCUUUCCAAUCUUUAUGCUGCAACAGAGAGAUGGCGAGAUGUAGCAGAAAUGAGGAGAAAGAUCAGAGACUUGACGUUGGAAAAGGAUCCUGGCCUAAGUUGGAUUGAAGAUAAAAACAAUAUUCAUGUAUUCGCGUCGGGAGAUCAAUUGCACCCGCAGGUUUACGAUGCAGAAACUGAACUGCAUAGGUUACGAGGGAACAUGACAAGAUCAGUAACAAACGACUUUCAUCCAAGUUUUUAGUUUAACAUCAGAAACUCAACUAAAUGUGAUUUACCCCAGGUAAUUAUAUAUUCA